AUGGCUGACGAGCCGCCACCUGGUCGAGUGAGGACCUCCGGCGAGAUUGGACAAGCAUCACAAGACCGAAAUAUUGCUGUAAACCAGGAUGACAACGCUCCACAGACUCAGCACUCGACCUCGGCAGAUUUCGAUCCCUAUACGAGACACCAGCAGACAAUUGCUGCUUACCAGUCCCCAGGCUCCUUCAACAUGUCGAAUGUCGGGGCAGCUUUACCGGACUAUCAUAGGAGAUCUUACGAGCCUCAGCAAUCAUUUCCUCAUCAAUUUCCUGCGCAAGCGUCCCAGAACCAACCCAUCAUAUAUCAUUACCAACAAAAUCCUCAAUUUUCACACCCACAGGCCACUUCCUACAAUCAAUCCUUUGUCCCACAUUACCCUCCUCAAUUCGCACACCCUCACCAGUCAAGACAACAACAAAUGACAUUUCCUCAAUUUAUGACCGGUCAAAUGGCUCCUCCUGCAUCUCAGAAUAUGAUGAAUCAGCCCAUGAUGCUCCAGCAGUCUAUGCCACAACAGCAUCACAUCCCAGGCCAGUUCUCCCAACCGCACGCUAAUCCUAUGUUUGCCGGGGCAUAUUCUGGUCGCAUGGGAGGCGCCUACCCAGGCCUGCCUAGUCUUCAUAUCGAUGGCAGUUUGAGUCAAUCUCAGGGCCAGAGUCACCUCACUUCGCAAAACACACGCGCCGUUAAGCGAACCUCUUCGAGCUCCUCUUUAAAGACCUCUGUACUUCGGGGCCCUCCACGGAAACCAAAGCAAUCUGGACAUGCUCUAUGGGUUGGCAAUUUGCCGCCUUCGACACAUAUUAUCGACCUCAAAGACCAUUUUUCCAACGAAGCGACCGACGAGAUCGAAUCCGUCUUUUUGAUCUCCAAGAGCAAUUGUGCAUUUGUGAAUUAUAAGACAGAGGCUAGCUGUACCGCAGCAAUGGCCCGAUUCCACGAUUCACGCUUCCAUGGGGUACGUUUGGUGUGUCGAUUACGACGGGGUAGCGUUUCUGCGACCGCCACAGCUUCGACAAACCCCACGGUCGAACCGAAGGCCGACACAGUAGACGCUGUACCCGACAAUGAUGAAAGCACCCCCCUAGUAGAUGAUACCCUGGAAGCUACACCCGAGCCGAAAGUGGCCGAGAAAGUCAAGGAGAAGUUUUUUGUGGUCAAGAGUCUCACAGCAGAAGACCUAGAGCGCAGCGUACAAAGUGGUAUUUGGGCCACCCAAGCUCACAACGAGGCUGCGCUCAAUGCUGCGUAUCAGGCUUCAGAGAAUGUAUAUCUCAUAUUUUCAGCCAACAAGUCCGGCGAAUAUUUUGGUUACGCGAGAAUGGAAUCAGCCAUUGAUGAUGAGUCGGCUGCGGAUAUCGGUUAUCAGCCUAGACCAGAAGCUCCGAGUCCCAGUCUCUCCGAUUUACCGGUGACGAUUUUUACUCCACCCACGUCUACCGCGCCACGGGGACGCAUUAUUGAUGAUUCAGCCCGAGGAACAAUCUUCUGGGAGGCUCUUGACAGUGUUUCUCCGGAGAAGGAGCUCGCUGCCGAAGACGAUCGAGAAAAUCUAUCCGGCGAAAAUGAAGAUUCCUCAACCCCCAGCCCUGGUGUGCCACAAACCUUUGGCAAACCGUUCAGAAUUAGAUGGAUGUCAACUGAACGUCUACCAUUCUACCGCACUAGAGGACUACGGAACCCUUGGAAUGCCAACCGCGAGGUGAAGAUUGCACGAGAUGGAACAGAAAUUGAGCCGAGUGUUGGUCGACGCUUAGCCAGCAUGUUCCAUCGACCACCAGGUCCAAAUACAACCCAACACACUUCUCGCCAACCUCCACAGCCCUCGGCAGGUCCUAGUGGCUAUCUUCCGUCGGCUCCUGCUGGAGGCUACGGCCGAAAUUACUAA